AUGGCUCAAUAUUUUCACGGUCCCGAUGACGUCUACACCUCAGCCGUUGACGAGGAGAUCGUCCGUGAGCUCCCAGUCAACCCAUACGCCUGUGAAUAUGAAUACGAAAACGGCCCGGUAUCUGCACGUGCGCGAACAUGGGAAAACACGGCCACAUCCACAGCUAGGCAUUCGCGCAGACAGCAGGAGACGACGCGUUCAACGCACAUCAAGCGCAACUGGAACCACGACCGCAGGCGUGACCACAUCAGCAACAGUGACAGUGUCAUGACGGAAAAGACGAUGACCGGAAUCAGGACAACGUCGAACGCGAGCCCGAUCUGCACCAUCAACCACACCCCUGCCACGCGUAAUGUCGCCUAUAACAGGGAUCUCGACAGCGAAGACGCAGGUCCGGAGUCGCAAGCAAUGCAGACAUACUCAAACCGCCAGGUCUCGACGACUAUGAACGGCGUCGGUGAGAUCAAGUCCCAUCAAGAGAUCUCAACACAGCAGUUCGGACAGGACCAUCUCCAUGAGAACAACUCAGGGCUGAAGCUGAAGCUUGAGCUGAAUCUGGAUGUGGAGGUAGAGCUUAAGGCGAAGAUUCACGGCGAUUUGACGUUGGCCUUAUUGCGUUUCUUUGUGCGUUCAAUGAUAGUGCUUUCAAGAUCUACCUUGAAUAAGGUGCACGAACGUAGUGGUUCCAUCCCUGAGAGGCAAGAAGGGGAUCCUUGGAUACUGGAAAUCGUGGAAAGGAUAUGGCCUGCACUAGAUGCUGUACCCUAUACACUGGCUGCCUGCCCUCCAUACCGCAGUCCUCAUGCCGUCUCACUAGACGACGAGCGCCAUCUCAGUCAACCCAGUGCUAGUCCAGAUCCCUCAGCUUCAGAGGCCUGGGCCCGAAGUCGCCGGCCCCCUAAGCUCCGCCGCCGCCAGCCCCAGGACUCUGGCGAGCCUUCACUUCCCCCGGACAAUGCAAUGCCGCUGGCGCAGCCAGCAAGGAACAACUUAUCCAAACAAAGUCCUGAAGGGAGGGACUCGCAUGCCCAUGUCAACGACGCCGGGCUUGACGACGAACGCGACGGACACCGGCAUGAACAUGGACGCAGUUCAAACUCACAUUCUACCGCUCCCUCAUCUGAACUUGCUCCCUCCUCCGAAGCCGAAGACACAAGCUCCCUUGGGGUUGAGCCUACACCCGCUCACCCUCGCGCCCGUAAUAUGCAGCAACAGAUCAUCUUAGACAGGUCGCAGGACGGGGAAGGCAGGGAGUCGCAGCGACUAAUGCAGAUAAACAACCUCGAAAACCCGGCGGGCGAGAUGGUGCGUGAUACGCAGACGAAAACGGUGAAGAGGGUGAAUGGGGUCAAGGACGGAGUGAUCGGGUCCAUUACGCGCCAUGACCAUGAAAGAGGGUUGCAGGAACGGCCCGGGAAGACGAACGAUAAUGAGCAGUUGAGGCUCCGGCUGGAUCUGAAUCUUGAUCUGGAGGUGCAGCUCAAGGCAAAGAUUCGUGGGGAUUUGACCUUGCAGCUUAUGUAG